GGGGAGCUGCUGUUCACAGCUUGUUGUUUUUUUCUCCUUCAUAAAAUCUUCAGACUCCACGCCAGUCGUGUUGGCGGCAGUCCUCAUCAUCGUCCUGACUGCACUCGUGUUGCUCAUAGUUUACUUCAACAUGAAGCAGAAGGGGUUGACUUUUAAAACGAUGGUGAAGCGAUCAGACACUACUCAUACAAAUAAUGAGCAUGAUGAAAGUCUACCGCUUGUUAUCGUGAAAAAUGAACACGAGGUGACACAAGGAGUUCAGAGGAGCAAUGAGAGCAGCGAGACAAUGCAACAGAUCCGAGAGAACAAAGAGAAACUCAAGGCCUGGAUCGGAGCGGAUCCCUCGGCUUUCCUGGAGCAUCUCAACGGCUUCAAAUUGAUUCCACGACGAGUUCACCAAGCGGCCAUCAUCAAGGGCGGAGAGGAGAGUGUGGAGCUCGUUCUGGACCACUUCCUCAGCCAGGGAGAGGCGUGCUGUGAGAAGCUGUGGGACUCCCUCUACUCUGUGAGGAAGCAAUACGUGCAGCUGUGGAAGUGGAUUCAGACACACGGCGAGGCGUUGAGGGCCAUUCGAGAUAAGGAGUCGGAUCUGAAGCUCUGGAUCGCCAGAGACCCCAAGCAUCUUCUGCUGCAGCUGAUGAGUCGGGGACGGAUCCCGAACGAGCUCUUCACCGAGGCCAAGGGCAUCCGGGAUGGCGCGGAGUGCGCGGAGCUGCUGCUCAGCUUCUUCAAAGAGAGAGGGAAUGACGACUGCCUCAAGUUGCUCUUUGCCCUGCAGGCCGUGCAGGAUCAUUAUCCUGGAGUCAAGGAGUGGCUGGACGGCCUUGGUAGUAAAACAAUCUUUGAGACACCUUCCACCACUUUCAUGUUAACCAGCCAUCAUCCCUUCCAGUGACAUGUCCUGCCCAAGUGUAGCAUGUGCGAGCUCAGCCGCGAUGGAUCGCACGUAUACGUUGUGCCCUCUGCUAAUUGCUGCGGAGAGCCAG